GCGCCACCAGUGCCGGAUCGCCAGCGGACGUGUGUAUGUGCGCGCUCGCUCGCCCGCUUGCCGCCGCCGACGACGACGACGACGACGACGCUGCCGCCCGAGACGCGAACACCUUUGCCGAGUCGCGACACUAUACGAUAUAUAUUGGUUACGCUCGCGACCGCCAACCACCUGCCCGUUUUAUAAACGCGUUGUAAAUCAUUAUAAUUACACAAAUACACACCCACACACACACACACACACACACCCACAUACACGUAUAAUAUAUCUGUUGUAACACAUGCAUACACGUGUAUUUAAUUCACGUAUUUUAUAUAGUGACUGCGGUGCACAGAGACCGUAGUCUCGUCGUUAAAUUUCCGUCGGUUUUUUUUUUAUUUUAUUAUUAUUUUAAUUUUUUUUUUUAUGUGCGUCUUGUUAGAAAAAAAAAUGGUAUUAUUUUAAUUGCUAUCGUCGCAGUUGAACACCACGGUGUAUUGUUGUACGUCAUAUUUUAUACCGUAGAUCACCAUCAACACGAUGUUCCACGCAUGAUAAACAAAACAAACAGAAAUUAGCCGUUGCGUGCACCAGACAACAUAUUAAGCGCGCGCGCGUCAUCGUUACUACAAUAAUAAUAUUGUCGUCGUGUGACAGUGCAGUAAUUACCACUGCACAAUCGUUAUGUAAUGGUUCGGGGGGGACGACGACGACGACGAUCACAACAUACACUAACCGCCGACGCUGGUAAAUCAAAAAAGUUAAUUAAACUUUUGGACUCUCGACAACGACGUCGACGGCGACGACGAAGACAAUGCGGGUCUCCACUUGAACGGUGACACGCCGCUGUUGAAGAAGUGUAUCUGCUGCGUCCGAGUAGUGGAUAUCGGUGCAUUGUUGUUGGAUACGCGGUUUGAACUCCGCGGUGAAAGAAUACGUUUCUAAAAACUACAAACAAUAUUAUAAUACAAACCAACAACGCCCCAACAAAAUUGAUUUUACUGUCAAUGCUAACUAUUAUAAAAAUAAAUACACCUCUCUUGUUGCACAACAUCGAUUUUCGUCAUGCAUAAUAGUGGUGAAGAACGCAAAACGCAUGCUGAACUUCUGCUCCCCGUAUUGCGUUUCGGUACUCUUAUUGUUUUCACCCUAUCAGAAAAAGCCUGACGUUUGUACAGUACGACUACGUGCGAUUUUUACGUAUUCGCUUCUUAAACGAUAGCAUCAGAGUCUCUUGUUCGGUACUUAAAUACGUUUCGCUAAACCGUCGAAAGUCGAUGAAAUCAGAUGCCGAAACGAUGACACUUCGAGUCAAAGCAAUAAAAAUAGUUAUCAAAAAAUUUAUGGUGUUGGCCAACCAACAAUCAGACUACUAUUCACUACUGACCAAUAGUAUGUACCGGCUCUAGCUACAUAACCAACAUGGAACCUGAGCAAAAUCGGAACGGAGGUGGUAGACCAACCACUACCACCACCGCUAUCACCACUUCAUCCUCUACAAUUACAAAUACCACUGCUACAGUCUAUGGUGACCAACAGGCUGUAGAAGCUGCUCUAAACGAGUUCAUUGAUAAAAUGACACCUCGCGUUAACGUGUUGGAGAAUGAAGUGAUGUACGCAUGGCGAGCAUUAGACUUAUUGUCAGACGAGUAUGUUAAAAUGUGGGAACGUAUCGAAAAACUCGAAACUAUUAUUCAGAAUCAACAGUCUGUUAUCGGGCAAAUGGUCGAAAUAUGUGCAGAACCGAUAUCUGCUUCGAGUACAUACAUGGGACCACCAGAAAUUGGUGACCGCCCAGCGCUAAGCAUGAUAUGGGAGGAAUCGGAAGGUAGUAGUAGUAACGGUACUAAGAAACCGUCGGAACAGAUUGACGUUGAUUAUAGAGUAUACGAAGAUCGGUUGUCAAAUGAAGACCAGGAAAAGAUGGAUUCCGUCGAGUCUGCCAAAGAGAUUUUCGAAAAUAUAGAACAAAUGGAGAGAAACAUGCGACAACUGUAUGCCGAAGCCCAGUUGGAUAGUUGGAACGACGAAACAGAAAGAGCAGCAGCUGCUCUUGACUUUUAUCCAAUUAACAAGCCACUCACGUCAUCGGUAGGAAACUUACAACAUCGCAUGUAUCCUUACACGUCUCCGUCCAUUCGAUCGCUACCCACGAUUCCGAAAUGCGAAGAAACCGGGUACAGGUCACCGACAUUAUUUAUGGAUACAACGUCACCAUCGACUUACAUGAACGACUCUUAUCAGUCACAAUCGCCACCGGUAGUCCACCACCUCCAGCACCCGAGGAUCCCGUAUUUCCCAGAUCGUUAUCAUCCGCACUGUCACUGA